AGGAGUAACGAGGGGGGACUCGCCAGGGGCACAGAGGCCGAGUGACGCCCUAGGAGCCGGCGGGCAGGAGGCGGAGGAGCCCCCGAGAGGCGAGCGAGCGAGCGAGCGAGCGAGACAGCGGGCCCCCGCGCGCGGCUCGGGGCUGGGGCGCCGGCAGUGCCACCGGAGCGGCGCAGAGCGAUGCCAAGGAGGAAACAGCACGCACCCAAGCGGGCGGCAGGUUAUGUCCAGGAGGAACAGCUGAAAGCAGAGGAGGACAUAAAAGAAGAAGAGGAGGAGGAGGAGGACAGUGGUUCUGUAGCUCAACUUCCGGGCAGCAAUGACCCUGGCACGGACGAGGAACUAGAUACAGGCCCUGAGCCAAAAGGCUGCUUUAGCUACCAGAACUCACCUGGAAGCCAUCUAUCCAACCAGGAUGCAGAGAAUGAGUCUUUGCUGAGUGAUGCUAGUGACCCCUUGUCGGAUGUCAAAAGUAUCAGCGGCAGAGAUGCCUCAGACAAGAAAGCUAGCACACACCCCAAGCCUUCCAGUGAACCCCACAAUUGCAUGGAUAAGAUGACAGCCGUCUAUGCCAACAUUUUGUCUGACUCCUACUGGUCAGGCCUGGGUCUUGGCUUCAAGCUGUCCCCCAGUGAGCGGCGCAGCUGUGACACUCGCAGCAGCAGCCACAAGACUGAUUUUGAUUGGCACCAAGAUGCUCUGUCCAAGAGCCUACAGCAGCACCUGCCUGCCAGGGCUGUGUCCAAGCCUAGCUUGUUCAGCUCAGUGCAACUGUACCGGCAGAGCAGCAAGCUGUGUGGUUCCGUGUUCACUGGGGCCAGCCGCUUCCGCUGCCGCCAGUGCAGUGCUGCCUACGACACACUGGUCGAGCUGACCGUGCACAUGAACGAGACGGGCCACUAUCAAGAUGACAACCGCAAAAAAGACAAGCAGAGACCCACGAGUUAUUCCAAGCCCCGGAAAAGGGCUUUCCAGGAUAUGGAUAAGGAGGAUGCUCAGAAAGUACUGAAAUGCAUGUUUUGCGGAGACUCCUUCGAUUCCCUCCAGGAUCUGAGCGUCCACAUGAUCAAAACAAAACAUUACCAAAAAGUGCCUUUGAAGGAGCCUGUUCCUACCAUCACCUCGAAAAUGGUCACUCCGGCAGCCAAGAAGCGUGUCUUCGAGGUCAAUCGGCCGUGUUCCCCCGACUCCACCACGGGGUCGCUGGCCGAGUCCUACUCCACCCCCAAGAGCAAUGCCCUACAACUCACGUCCAACAACCGCUAUGGCUACCAGAACGGAGCCAGCUACACAUGGCAGUUCGAGGCGUGCAAGUCCCAGAUCCUGAAAUGCAUGGAGUGCGGCAGCUCCCACGACACCUUACAGCAGCUCACCACCCACAUGAUGGUGACAGGACACUUCCUCAAGGUCACCAGCUCGGCCUCUAAAAAGGGGAAACAGUUGGUGCUGGACCCGCUGGCCGUGGAGAAAAUGCAAUCUUUGUCCGACACCCCGAGUGGCGAGGCACCUGCACCCCGGCCCUCCAGCAAUUCUGACAGUGCAGCCUCCUCCACAGAGUUCAAGAAAGAAGGAAAGAGGGACAAGGCUGAGGAGACCCCCCAGGAUGAUAAGGCGGUGAAAAGGGAAGAGUAUGAAGACCCCCUGCAAAAACCCUUAGACCCAACCAUCAAGUACCAGUAUCUAAGGGAGGAGGACCUGGAAGAUAGCUCCAAAGGGGGUGGGGACAUCUUGAAGUCGCUGGAAAAUACUGUUACCACGGCCAUCAACAAAGCCCAAAAUGGGGCUCCAAGCUGGAGUGCCUACCCCAGCAUUCAUGCCGCCUAUCAGCUGUCCGAGGGCACCAAGCCCACCUUGCCCAUGGGGUCCCAGGUGCUGCAUAUCCGACCUAAUCUCCCCAACAAACUGAGGCCCAUUGCCCCCAAGUGGAAAGUCCUGCCACUGGUGCCCAUGCCCCCCAACCUGGCCCCCUACACUCAAGUGAAAAAGGAGCCAGAAGACAAGGAAGAGGUGGGCAAAGACAGCGGACAAGAGAGUCCCCCCAAGGAUGCCCCCUCAUUCAGCCACCGAGAUGGAGAAGAGUCUUUCCCCAAAAGUGAGCCUGCCUCAGAACCCAAAAAAGCAGAGCCCAACCUCCCCAAGGAGGAGGAGAAGCUGCUGCUGAAGGAGGAGGGAGAGAAAGAGAAAGGGCAGAGCCCAGAGCCAGCCACCUCCCUGAGCAAUGGGUGCAGCCUGGCUAGCCACACCUCAGCCCUGCCCAGCAUUAACCCUCUCAGUGCACUGCAGUCAGUGCUCAACAACCACCUAGGCAGAGCCACAGAGCCACUGCGCUCGCCCUCCUGUACCAGCCCCAGUCCCAGCACCAUGUCUCUGUUCCACAAGCCUGCCUUGGGUGUUCUGGACAAGCCUGUGCUGAGUCCUGCCUCUGCCAGGCCAGCCAGCAUGUCCAGGCGCUACCUGUUUGACAGCAGUGACCAACCCAUUGACUUGACCAAAUCCAAAAGCAAGAAGGCCGAGUCAUUGCAAGCACAGUCCUGCACAUCCCCACCACAGAAGCACGCCCUGUCGGACAUUGCUGACAUGGUUAAGGUUCUUCCCAAAGCCACCACACCCAAGCCUGCCACUCCCUCCAGACUCCCAGCCCUGAAGCUUGAAAUGGAUGUGCGGCGUUUCGAGGACGUGUCCAAUGAGGUGUCCACACUGCAUAAGCGGAAGGGCCGGCAAUCCAAUUGGAACCCACAGCAUCUAUUAAUCCUACAGGCUCAAUUUGCCUCCAGCCUCUUCCAGACAUCUGAGGGCAAAUACCUAUUGUCAGAUCUGGGCCCACAGGAGAGAAUGCAGAUUUCCAAGUUCACAGGACUCUCCAUGACCACCAUCAGCCACUGGCUGGCCAACGUGAAAUACCAGCUGCGGAAAACAGGUGGCACCAAGUUUCUGAAAAACAUGGACAAGGGGCACCCCAUCUUUUACUGCAGUGACUGUGCCUCCCAGUUCCGAACCCCCUCAACCUACAUCAGUCACUUAGAGUCGCACCUGGGUUUCCAAAUGAAGGACAUGACCCGCCUGAGCACGGAGCAGCCCAACAAGGUGGAGGCAGAGAUCUCCCGGGUUUCGUCGGCUCAGAGGUCUCCAGAAACCAUAGUGGGCGAAGAGGACACAGACUCUAAAUUCAAGUGUAAGUUGUGCUGUCGGACAUUUGUGAGCAAACACGCGGUAAAACUCCAUCUAAGCAAAACGCACAGCAAGUCCCCCGAGCACCAUUCACAGUUUGUAACAGACGUGGAUGAAGACUAACCCUGCAGGUAUGGGUUUGCUCCCAGGUGAUUUGGGACCCUAGCCUUGUGAGGAGCUUCUGGAGAGGGAGAUGAUGGGUCUGCAUAGAGACGGCUAACACCUCCCAAUACCCAGCUGGCAUAGGACUUACUGUCUAGAACAUGCCAAGUUAGUCCUGACCCAUCUCUCUAUCCCUCCUUCUGACAGAGGGCUGAGUAGACUAACAUGGGCAUAGAAGAAAACUUUUGCUCCCUGAGAUGUGGUUCCCUUAGUUAUGAUCAUCCCAGGUUUCAUGGUCAUGUCACUCCAAGGCUACACACUUCAUUUUCAGGAACUCAUACAUGUGUACCAACUACUCUCACUGUCCAGUACACCACCCCUUUCUGGAGCAGGGACCCUAGAUUGAAGCAUUUCGUGGGUGUAGUCACUUGGGUUGAGCAGAUCUCUUGCUCAGCUCCUGAACAGCUUCUAGCUGUCUGCACUAUCGUUAUUGUAGUCAAUACAUUUCCGAGUUCACUUGCAGCAAUUGCCAUGCGCCUUUCCCUUUGUUGACUUCCUCUGGGAGAUUCCUAGUGAAAAAACAUCUGCUUUGUAAUCAGAUGGCAGAAACAGGCUC